CGGAGUCGGCUUGGAUCAGACGGUGGAGGAAUUCAUAGAGUAUAUCAGGAAAGACCUGCAGCCACUGAUGUCUCCAUCCUCGCUCUUCAUACCUCUGUAGUGAGCGGUGUCACUGGUUUCCUUUCAGAUGUCGCGGAGCGGGUUGGAUUGCCGCCUCCAUUCAAGAAGUACGCGUACGAUACAAUGAAGAUCAUCCACCAGGCACAUGGAGCCAAGACCAAUGAGCUGGUGGUGAGUCUGGAGGAUGACGAUGACCUGAUCCUGCGCAGCGGACAGACCCUGCGGGAGGCCGGAGUGGUCCAUGAGACGGAACUCGCCCUGUUUUGUGACGCCGACUACAGACAGUACAAGAAGGACCCCGUCAGCGCCUGGUGA